AUGGAGUUCGAUGAACAUAUGAGGGAAUUACUGGAGCGGAAUCGUAAUUUCGUAAAAGAUUUGAUACAGCAAAAUCCAUGGCUUCGUCCGGCUGCCUAUCUACUCGCUGCUAUAUUGCUGCUUAUUUGCCUGGGAUUUAGGGCGCUGCCAAUAGCCUGCUGUCUAUGUUCCACCUUUUUGGGUGUCAGCAUAGCUAUGUGGAUUGCAAAUGAUUCAAAUGGAAGGUUUCUGUAUGCGCUUGUUCAAGUGUGGAUCUCGAGUAACUCUAUGAAGAAGGCGGAAUUGAAAGAAGUGACGAAUUUAGAGGAAGAACGUAAACCAUCUUCGCGUAGAGAGCUAAAAGUGCCAGUAUGUGUGAACGAUGCUGCAGAAAGUUUGCUGGACCAGCUUAUUGACACGUAUGUGAAUAAUUGGUAUGAGUCUGGCAUCAGCAGGGACCGCGACUUCCUCAACGAAAUUAGGUACCAAAUACGCUUCGCCUGCUCUCAACUCGUAACUAUAGGAAUGAAGCUAGAUCUGCCAACGAUCAUCGCAGAAGAUGUCGUUCCAGUCGCGUCUCUUCAUAUGCACAGAAUUAUGAAAUUUGAAGAUCAACUUGCGGAUAAGGCUCUUCCUCGUUCUCUCAUGGAGUCGGCUAUAUGUGAAAAUCUCUCUGAUCUGCAUUUCUGUCUAGGUAGCCGGCAGAAUGAGUUGGACUAUCUGAGACAG